GCGACGCACACAUCAUCAUUCUUCACUAGUCGGUUCACGCUCCGGUCGAGGUGAACGCGCUCUCCGUGUCGGUGACACACACACGGGGCAGAAGUGACUACUUUCUGCACAAAAGUUUCAUCGUUUCAUUGUGCGUGGAACAGAGGGAACCAGCAGUGGAACACUUUUCGUUUCGUUAGUUUUUUGCGUGUGCGUGCGCGGCGAACAAUUUAUGAACCUAUAGCCUAGCCGCCGCCGCCGCCAUCGCCCAUCAGCAUAACUUUUGGGCAAAAGGAAACAACAGUGUGUGCACACGUACAGAUGAGCAGAACCGAAACAGGCGAGGAAGUGAACCGGACACAGAAAGAGUAGCAUUUUAAUGUAAAACAAAAAGAAAAGAAAUUGCUAAGCAAAAAGUUACACAGCAGCGCGCACCGGGAGAAGUUAGUUUUCGUUUCGUUUGUUUUCGUUUUUGUCUGGCUGAAGAAAAGAAAAGAAGGAAGAAGGUGUUGUGACCACAAAAACGUCCGGGUGGGUACAGCAGAAAGCACCUUUUUUUGUGUGAUUUGCUAGCUUUCCCCGCGGCCCGUUCCUUUGUCUCUCCGUACGUUUUUUAAGGUACUAGCGGUAGUAGUAGUAGUAGUAGUAGUAAAAGAAAUGCAAAUGCUGCUCCAAACAGUUAUAAACUACGUCAGAAAGUGUGUCGUCGACAACACAACUGUCUAGGAAACAAAAAAAGACGUGUGUAGAAGGUGUACCCCACACCGUGAACCACACAACAAGGAUCUGACAGCAGCAGCGUGGAAAAAGUCGCUAAAAACCCACACAAUCAUCGUACACAUGCACCAUCACCACCACCACACUCGCUAGUAAGAGUGUGUAAGAGCUGCUGCGGGUGUGUGCCACCUUGGAACGUUUUGUGAGCAACCAACGAGCCAAUAUCCUUUUCCCCCAUGAAGAACGCAACGAGCGACGGCGAGACGACGACCACGAGCGCGUUAUCCGGGGAAGAAAGUGGCAGGACCGAGACGGGCAAGCAAGCGCGACUGAUAAGUAAACGCUAGAAACAAGUGUGUGUGUGUGUGUUCGUAUGUGUAUAGUAAAAAGGAUAGGAGGGGCGGCCUGUCAGCUCUCCGUAUGAGGAAACAAGUAACGCGGCUGUGUGGGGGUACAUAUGUGAGCAGUAGUAGAAGCAGCAGCAGCAGCAGCAGCAGCAGUAGUACGUGUAAUCAUACAACGAUAGAGCGAAGGGUCCACCGAUCUAUUUUUUAUACACUAAUUUAAAAUGGAUGCCUACUAUCGAUACGAUCCGACUGCGCCCCGGGGGAUGGGCCCACCGGGCAGCAAUGCCGGUGGACCGUACGCGCGGCAUCGGGCCCCACACCCGAUGCAGCAGCAGCAGCCUCCGCCGCAGUCGCAGUAUCCCUCCUACCACCAGCCGGCCGGUACGGACUCGAUGUACUCGAUGCCGGACCACACUGCCGCCGGCAUGGCCGGCAUGGGCGACGUGGUGUGGGGCGCACAGCCCCCACCGCCACCGCAAGCCAACCCGUACGCGUCCCCGAUGGGUUACGGUCUUCCACAAGGGCCGCCGCAGGGACCGACGCAGCGCCAAACGCCUUCAGGAUACCGGCAGCACAUGGGAGGAUAUCCGCAGCAGGAUCCGCAAAAGCUGCAGUAUCCAACGCAGCAGUCCAUGAUGGGUGGCAUGAUGCCACCCCAGCAAGGCUAUGGAUCGUUAGGUCAACCUCAACAGCAGCAGCAGCAGCAACAGCAGCAGCAACAACAACCUCCCCAGCAACAGCAGCCCCAGCAGCAGCAGCAGCAACAGCAGCAGCAGCAGCAGGCGCAGCAGCAGCAACAGCGUGUAUCGCAACACUAUCCCCAGCCGGGACACUCGAUGUACCCGGGGGCACCGUCGGCGGCACAGUCCGCGUACGGUGCGUAUGGGCCGGCCGCCGCCGCAAUGCAGCAGCAUGCGGCCCGGUCGGCGCAGCACGUGUACAACCAGCACCAGCUGGACCCGAGCGGGGGCUACGGGCAGCAUCUCGUGAGCGGUGGCCAGGUACCCACAAGCCUGCAUCAGCUCGGUGCGCCCCAGCAGCAACCGCCCGGCGGCGGUGGCGUCGUUCCGGGAGGCCUUGCUCCGACGCAUCCGUCGCAGCAACCCUCCCAUCUGCCGCCGCAAUCGCAGCAGCAGCUGCACCAAACUCACAACAGUCAGCCGCAGCAGCACCCACAGCAGCACCCGGGGCUGGCUGGGCUGGGUGGAGGCCCACAACCAUCUCAGCAACAGCAGCAGCAGCAGCAAGGGCAGCACCCGGGUAUGGUGCAUCCCGGGGCGCAACAGCCUAAUGCGCCGGUCGCCGGACUGCACGGGCUGGGCGGACCGCUCGGCCCUCAGCAGCAGCACCCGAUGACGCACGGUGCCGGCAUGCCGGGAGUUCCGGGCGGCGGGGGAGGAGGAGCUGGCGGUGCAGGCGGCCCGGGUGGUGGUGGAUACGGUGCGAGCGCACCGCAGCAACAAUCGUACCUGCCGAACGCCGCAACGAAGCAACAGCCGACCCAGCACGGCGGAAGUCCCCAGUACCGGGCGCCCUUCCCCCAGCUUUCUCCCCAGAUGUCGCCCCGGCCGCCACAAAUGUCGCCCCACACGCAGAUGUCGCCGCGGCCGGUGAUGUCGCCGGCGAAGCCGCCAGGCGGUGGCCCGCCGGUUGUUACAUCACAAUCGCCCCAGGCAACGAUCACGUCGACGCACUCGCCCCAUCUGGGUGCCGGGAUAGUGGCGGGCAGUGGCGGUAUGCAGAGUCCUCGGCCACAGACCGGCACGAAGCUGACGGCUUCGAGCUCGGGUGGUAGUGUGGUAAGCGGCCCGGGCGCCGGUGUCAACACGACGCUGCAAGCGCUAGAGCAAAUGGUGAUGCCGCCGUCGGGUGCGACCGGCAUGGAGUAUGCGCAGGCAGCAGCGGCAGCAGCGGCUGCGGCCGCCGCCGCCGCCGCAGCGUACCGCGGUGGUCCUCCGAGCCACCAGCAGCAGCAACAGAUGGGUGCAAACAAUCCACUCUCGCCGCUCGGACCCCGGCUACCGAUGUCGCCGCAGCAUCAGCACCAGCACCAGCAGCAGCACCAGCAGUGGCCACCGAUGUCGGCCGUGCAGCAGCAGCAGCGGCCCGGCAGUGGUGGCAUCAAUGGCAGCGCUCAUCACGGGAUGGCGGGACCGAUUGCACCGCCCGGCAGCCACAUGCCGCCGAUGCACGCGCCCCACGCGCCCCAUCUGCAUCCGGGCGCGCAUGGGCCACCACCAUCGCACGCGCAGCAGCAGCAGAUCAGUCAGCUGAACGACAUUUCCAGCCUAAUUCCACCCGUGUCGCAAACGAGCAUGCCUGUGAUACCGCCACCCUCGGCAGCGGGUCCAUCCGGUCCACAGGCUUAUGGCAGCUUAGACGAUAAGGGACAGCACGGCGUGGGCGGUGUGGACGUGGCCACCUCGGUCGCGACGGUUCAGCAGCAGCAGCAGCCUGUACAUAGCCUUCAUCAGCCGCACCUGUCGCAACCGUCGGCGGCUCAGGCUCCCCAGCAGCCACCUCAGCUGUCCGCGAUGCAGCAGCAGAUGCAACAGCAGCAGCAGAUGCUUACCCAGCUGCAGCCGGGCGCGCAUCUGCCUCCACCAUCUGCCACGCAGCAUCAUGCGCCCGGAGGGCCCCAGCAUCAGCAACAGUCCGCGAUGCAUCACAGUACGCUCGCCGCGAUGCAGCCGGCCAGCGGUGCAGGCGGCAGCAGUUUGUCGCAUUCGAUCUCGCAGCAGCUUCACUCGCCGUCAUUUAAUGACGACAUGCUGAUGUCGCCAAGCGGUCCCAAUCAGCAUUUGCAGAGUGUGAACAACAGUUUGUCGCAGCAGCAACAAUCUCAACAAAUGCAGCACCAGCAUCAGUCAAAACAGCAGCAGCAACAGCAGCAGGCGAGCCAGCAGCAAGGUGGGGCAGGAGCUGGUGCAUCAAUGAACGAUCUGCCCUCGAUGCAGCAUCCGCAUUCUCACUCACAUGCGCAUCCGCAUCAGCAAAGUGUCGUCGAGCUGCCUCCCAUUUCGUCAAUCACGGAGCAGCAGCAGCAGCACCAUUUGCAUCAUCAUCAUUUGCACCACCACCAUCAGCAGCAGCAACAUCAACAACAGCAGCAGCAACAGCAACAACAACAGCAACAGCAACAGCAACAACAGCAGCAACAACAGCAGCAACAACAACAACAACAACAACAACAACAACAGCAGCAACAGCAACAUCAUCAACACCAUCACCAUCAGCAGCAACAUCAAGCGCAGGCACAGCACCAUCAACAGACGGCUGCAAUGGUGGUGGAUCCAGUUGCGGAACAGCAGCAUCACCAUCAUCAGCAACAACAGCAGUCACAGCAGCAGCAGCAGCAGCAAGCGCAGCAGCAGCAGAUGCAACAUCAUCAGCAUCAGCAACAACAGCAAGCGCAGCAGCAGGCACAACAGCAGGUACAGCAACAGCAGCAGCAACAACAGCAGCAACAACAACAACAACAGCAACAACAACAGCAACAACAGCACCAUCAAGUGUCCGUUCCGCCAACAUCAGAUUUUAGCUUGAUUGACAGCUUAGCCUCGAGUAACGCCAAUGAAGCGCCCUCGAGUUUAGGUUCGUCGCUGAUGGCCAACGCCGGUGCGGCUGCAGCCGGAGUUGUUCCAUCUGUUUACUCGCACGACGCUAACAUAACACCCCUUGCCACCGGCGGUGCGGAGGUGGGAGACGCCCGUCAGCAACAGCAACAACAACAACAGCAGUCCCAUCAGCAUCAACAACAUGCGCUUUCGGCUGAACAAGCCACCACCGGAAGCAGCAGCAGUAAUGAAGAAUCUCGCGACAGCAUUGUCCCGGCGCCAGCCGAAUCAAAUACGGACGAGUCCAAGUCAUCCAACUCGAACUCGCUCAUGUCCGGUACCGAUUUUGAGGCGCUGCAUCAUCAGCAGCAAAAUUCCAACACCGCAGGAAUGCUGCUCGGGCAGGACAAUCUGCAGGUCGGUGGUGGUGGCGCUGGUGUGCUGGAUGAGUCGAUGAAGGACGCUGCCGGCCUGGGCGACGGAUCAUCGUUGUUGGAUUCGGCGAAGCAAGCAGGCGAGGAAACGCUUGGCGGAUACCAUUCGGAUGCGGGCAUGCUGCAGACGGGUGGCAAUACGGAUCCAUCAGCGUUGGAGCAGCAGCAACUGCUGCUCGAUUCGGUGGCAUCGGAUGUGGUUGGACCGGCCGGUUUAACGGACUUGCAGGCUCCGGAGGUAACGACCGCAACCAAGAGCCCGCUAGAAACGCUCGUCCCGACCUCGACCACAACUGCAGUCAGCGAUAGUACGAUAUCGCCCGGUGGCGAGCCCAUUAUCUCGACGAGCAGCAGCACUGGGCUAAUGGCAGGCGUAGGUGUGCAGCCCACGAACGUAACUGGAGCACCGGCAACGUAUGCGCAGGCCCUGAGUGGCCAAAUGCCCCAAACGACACCCGGGACGGGAAUGUACGGAAUGCACCAGGUCGGAGGUACAAUGAUGCAGCAACAGCAGCAACAGCAGCAACAAAUGCAAGGUGUACCGCCGGCAGGACAAACCGUGACCGGUGCCGGUGACAUGAUGGUUCCACCGCCGCCGCCUCCGUACCAAACGCCACCCAUGAUGUCGCACAGCCAGGAGAGGGCAGCCAUCAAGCAGCAAAUGCAAGACAUGUACAAGCUACCGAUGGCUGACAAUCAGGAGAAAAUGAUGCGCAUGCAGGAACGGCUAGCGAUGCUGCAGCAACACGAAGCAGACGGUUGCCAGGGUCUUGGCCCACAGCCGUGCAUUUUGAUGCAGCCGCCCCACCCGUUGUAUCCCGUUGCGCCGACGAUGACCUCGGCAGCAGCUGCUGCAGCAGCGGCCAUGAUCGACAGUCCACAGGUGACGAGCACCACAGGACGCGGACGGGGACGAACGCCAUCGAGCAAGCCGCGCAAGCCUCGGGCCAAGAAAGGCGACAAACUGUUCGCGCAACAGGAAGCGGCCGUAGCCGCAGCGACCGUGGUAGGACAGACUGGGCUCAUCACGUCUGGCGACGAGACUUCUCAAUCCAACCUGGUAAUGCCCUUCUCGGGAGCCCCUGCUCCAACGGGCAUGACGACGCCUACACCGACCACGCUACUGCCAGUGUCCGAAGACUCGGUAACAGCCGGAACCGGUCUGCCCGAAGUUAGCCCCGACGGUAGCAGUUUCCACGAGCUAAUGUCGCUUGAGAGCAGCGGUGGUGCUAUCGGUGUGGCCGGUACGGGCGAUCUUUCGCAGGACAAUUUAUCCUGCAGCGGCACCGGAGACCUCGAUACCUCCACUGAUGCGAGCGGUAAGAAGAUAAAGAAGCCACGGAAACCACGAGAACCGAAAAAACCGGCAAAGGGUGCAGCAGCAGCGGCGGCGGACGGUGUGAAGGAACCGACCCCGAAGAAGGAGAGCAAGAAAAAGGACUCGAAGGAUAGCAAGAAGAAGAAAAAGAAGAGCGUCGCGUCGAGCGAUGGCGACAACUCAAUGUCGAUGGAAGACGAGCUGCCGGACGGCGGCAUUACCGGCGAUCUGGAGCUGUCCAAGUCCGGCACGACGACGAGCGAAACGGACGAGAAUCAGUCGUUGGCAUCGUUGAUGAAUGCACAAAAUUCAAACGAUGCCAAUGCCGCGGCACCUAGCACCGAAAUGGUGGUAGAGGGCGGCGUCGGCACUGAGGAUGGAAAGGAGGAGUCGGCGGCAGCUGUCGCAACGACAAGUGAAGCGGUAGAAUCGACGGAGAAGGAAGCAGGUGAUGCUGCUACAUCUUCCAACGCGGAUGGUGAGGCGGAAGUUGCAAAGGAGGAUGAAGCGAGCGCACCCGAUGCUUCGGUCAAGGAUGGGGAGGACCACGAAGGUGGUGAGGUUGAUGGCGGCGAUGACCAGUCGAAAGCAGCAGCCAUUACAACCACGAGCGAAGCAACGGAAGGAAGUGGCAGCGGCGUGCCGAUGGAAGAAGUGACCGACUUUGACGAUAUUCCCGUGUCGAAGAUUAGCAAGACCGAACCGACCAAGGAGGAGGACGAGAAGAAGGAAGCAGCGGAGGAGGGCGCAACCGCCGAACCGGAACCGGAAACGCCGACCAAGAGCAAGAGCAAGAAGAGCAGCAAAAAGAGCAAGGAACCGGGCUCGGAGGGUGGUAGCAGCAGCAGUAGCAGAAAUCGCAGUCGCCCGAGUGGUGGCGGCAGCUCUUCUUCGCGGCGCAGCGGUGGCAGUAAGUCUAGCGGCGGCGGAUCGAAGAGUAGAUCACGGCGUAGCCGCAUGAUCGUCACGGAGUCCGAUGGUGAAGGGGACGAUUUGCUGAGCACUCCACCGCCGUCGCCGCCGCCCGAUAUGGAGGCGGACAGCUCGAAGCGUCGCUCGGCCCGUAACACGCAGCGCAAGAAGUACGUCGACGAUGUGAUGUUACGGUUUUCGGACGAUGAGUCGGGUAUGAUGUCACCGGCGCCAAGCGGCAGCAGAAAGGAUCGCCGCUCGGACGGGGGCUCCGACCGAAAGGAAGGUCUGGCACCGACGGAAGUUGCGCUGGCUGGUGGUGAAGCAGGCGCAGUGGCAGCGGACGGUUCGGUUGCCGGAGUUGCUGGCGAAGCGAGUAGUGCCGUUGGUACAGGCAGUGAGCAAGCGGGAGACGAAAACAAGGUGAGCACUUCGGAAGGCGCUAAAGCAGCCCCGGAAGCGGUCGAGCUCGGCCCGGACGGAAAACCGAUCGACGAUUCCUCCAAACCAAAUGCCAACUACGUGUACGUAAACACAUCGGAGGAGGAUUCGAUGGUCGUUCAGUAUGUGCUGGCAGUCCGUAAAGGCCGGCGAGAGCUGAAACCGGAUCCACCACCACCACCGCCCAAGGAAAAGACUCCCGAGCCGGCCGAAGCUUCCGCGGAAGAAGCCGUCAAGAGUGAACCCAAGGAAGGCGAGGAAACGGCAGCGGCAGUCGGCGAUGGCAGUGAAACCACAGCCGCGGAGGCUACCGUUAAAGAAGAGGGCAAAGAGUUGAAGGAAGUGUCCCAAGAUGGCGAAGACAAAAAGAAGGAGGCGGAAGAUGUCGAUGCUUCUGGUGAAGUUGCAGACAAGGAAGCUGCGCCUACAACGGCUGCUACAGACGUGCCGAUGGAAACGAGUGAGGAGACCAAAUCCACUGAGGAGAAAAUCUCCCCCGAAUCCGACACGGCAAACACGGGCGCUGAGCCUGAACAGAAACCAUCAGCGGAGGAUGCCUCCAAGGCAGAAGAAAAGAUGGAAACCGAUGAGCAGGAGUCGGUUGCCGUAGCAGCUGAAAAAGACACACCUGCGGAAGAGAAGGAAGGGGAAGAAAAGAAGGAAGCUUCUGCAGAUGUUGAUCAGCAACAAGUGAAGGAACCUGUUGCUGAUGCUGCCACAGCGAAAGAAAGCAUGGAGACGGACGCAGAAGAGCCUCCUAAAACGGAGAGUGUAAAUACUGCUGCAGAGGUUAAAGCAGCUGAACAGCCGAAUGGCGAACCAGCUGUGGAGGAAAAGCCGGCCAGUGUUGCUGACAAACCCGAAGCAGAGGCAACGGAAGUGACCGCCGAUGGUGUAGAAAAGAUGGAAGUGGAGGGAGAAUCUGAGGGCACUGAGAAGAAGCCCGAAGGUGAUGAUGCUGCCGCCGAUGUUGUCAAGAAGGAAAGCGCUGAAGGUGGUGAGUCCACGGACGAAAAGAGUUCGGAAGCUGUCAAGAAAGAGGAAGGCGAAAGUGCAUCAACGGAAACGGAUGAGAAAAAGCCGGAACCGGUGUACAUUGACGUGGAAGAGUACUUCGUCAAGUAUCGCAACUUCUCCUAUCUGCACUGCGAAUGGCGCACUGAGGACGAGCUGCUGAAGGGCGACAAGCGCGUGGGCAACAAGAUCAAGCGUUUCCUCAUGAAGCAGCAGCAGCAGCUGAACAUCUUCGAGAGCCUGGACGAGGAGCCGUUCAAUCCAGACUUUGUGGAGGUGGAUCGCGUGCUGGAUGUGUCCGAGCUCGUGGACGACGAGGGCAAAACGGUGAAGCACUAUCUGGUGAAGUGGAAGAGCUUGCCGUACGAGGACAGCACCUGGGAGCUGGAGGAUGAUGUCGAUCAGCUGAAGAUCGAGCAGUACUACAAAUUCAACAAGAUUCCACCGAAGAGCGAGUGGAAGACAAAGAAACGGCCCCACCCGGACCAGUGGAAGGCGCUGCCGGAAUCGCCCACGUUCAAGGGUGGCAACAAGCUGCGCCCGUACCAGCUGGAAGGCUUGAACUGGUUGCGCUACUCGUGGUACAAGGGCAACAACUGCAUCUUGGCCGACGAAAUGGGUCUGGGCAAGACGAUUCAGAGUCUGACGUUCGUGAACUCCGUGUACGAGUAUGGCAUUCGUGGGCCGUUCCUGGUGAUUGCGCCGCUCUCGACGAUUCCGAACUGGCAGCGCGAGUUCGAGGGUUGGACGGAGAUGAACGUGAUCGUGUACCAUGGUUCGGCGACGAGCCGGCAGAUGAUACAGGACUACGAGGUGCACUACCGAACCGAGACGGGCAAGCUGAUCCGGGACAUUACCAAGUUCAACGUGCUCAUCACAACGUUCGAGAUGAUCGUGACGGACUAUCAGGAUCUGAAGAACUUCACCUGGCGGGCGUGUGUCAUCGACGAGGCGCAUCGGCUGAAGAACAGAAACUGUAAGCUGCUGGAGGGACUGCGCCAGCUGAAUCUGGAGCAUCGUGUGCUGCUUUCUGGCACACCGCUGCAGAACAACGUGAAUGAACUGUUUUCGCUGCUGAAUUUCCUCGAGCCGAGCCAGUUUGCGUGCAGUGAAGAGUUCCUGCGCGAGUUUGGCAGCCUGAAGACGGAGAGCGAGGUGUUGAAACUGCAGGCACUGUUGAAGCCCAUGAUGCUGCGCCGUUUGAAGGAUGAUGUGGAAAAGUCGCUCGCACCGAAGGAGGAAACCAUCGUGGAGGUAGAGCUGACCAACAUCCAGAAGAAGUAUUACCGUGGUAUUCUGGAGCAGAACUUCUCGUUCCUGAUGAAGGGUACCACCUCGGCAAACAUUCCCAACCUGAUGAACACGAUGAUGGAGCUGCGAAAGUGCUGCAUCCAUCCGUACCUGCUGAAUGGUGCGGAAGAUCAGAUCCAGUACGAUUACCGGCAGCAGCACGGUGAGGAUGCCGAGUCGUACUACAAGAACCUGAUCGUGUCGUCCGGCAAGAUGGUGUUGAUUGACAAACUGCUGCCGAAGCUGCGCGCCAACGGCCAUCGGGUGCUGAUUUUCAGCCAGAUGGUGCGCUGUCUGGACAUUCUGGAGGACUAUCUGAUGUACAAAAAGUAUCCAUUUGAACGUAUCGAUGGACGGAUUAGGGGUAAUUUGCGACAGGCGGCUAUCGAUCGAUACUCGAAACCAGAUUCGGAUCGCUUUGUGUUUCUGCUCUGUACCAAGGCCGGCGGUUUGGGCAUCAACUUGACCGCAGCCGACACCGUAAUCAUCUACGACAGCGACUGGAACCCGCAGAACGAUCUGCAAGCGCAGGCCCGUUGCCAUCGUAUCGGACAGCAGAAGAUGGUCAAGAUCUAUCGGUUGCUGUGCCGCAAUACGUACGAGCGGGAGAUGUUCGAUAAGGCAUCGCUUAAGCUCGGCCUGGACAAGGCCGUACUGCAGAGCAUGAACACGGGACAGAACAAGGACGGGACCCAGCGGCAGCUGUCGAAGAAGGAGAUCGAGGAUCUGCUCAAGAAGGGCGCGUACGGUGCCGUAAUGGAUGACGAUGCUGGCGACAAGUUCUGCGAAGAGGACAUCGAUUCGAUUCUACUGCGCCGCACGCAGGUCAUUACGAUGGAGAGCGAAAAGGGAUCGACCUUCUCGAAGGCAUCGUUCGCUGCGUCGGCCAACCGUAGCGACAUCAACAUCGACGAUCCCGACUUCUGGAACAAGUGGGCCAAGAAGGCGGAAAUUGAUCCUACGGCUUGCGAGAAGGACGAAACGGAAGACCUGGUCAUUGCGGAGCCGCGUCGCCGUACGCAGAUCAAACGGUACGGGCAUGAUGACGGUGUCAUGGACAUAUCGGACGAAUCGUCGGGCGAGCAGGGUAGUGACGGUGAGGAAGGGGGCAUUGGCCUGAAAACGCGCAGCAAGCGUACACGUGGCGCUAAGGAGCGCAAGAAGCUGCAGCAGCAGAUGCAGCACGACGAUUACGUACCGCGCGAUCGUGAAACGCUUGCCGUGCUCGGCGCGGAUGAGGUUUCGUACGGCAAUUGGGCACGAUCGGAGUGCUUCAAGGUGGAGAAGGGACUGCUAUCGCAUGGAUGGGCUCGUUGGACCGAAAUUCUCGAACAGGGACAGUUCAAGCGCGGCUGGCGAGAGCAGGACGUCGAGGAUUGUGCUCGUGUGAUUCUUCUUUACUGUUUGGAGCGUUAUCAGGGCGAUGAAAAGAUAAAGAACUUCAUUUGGGACUUGAUAACGCCGAACGAAGGAGGCGAGCAGCGCGAAAUUGCGCGCAAUCACAGCGGUUUGCACAAUUUGGUGCCACGAGGACGCAAUGCUAAAGGACGUAAAUCAACAUCAACGUGUACCACGCCGAAGCGCGAUUCAUCUAAUUCGGCUGCUACGGGAAGCAACGGUGGCGGUGGCGGCUCUCCUGUGAUUGCCCAGCCCGCCGGAUCGACCACACCCGCGCCCCAGUGCAGCGGAACGGCCGACGCGAACGAGGACGCAUCUUCGAACUCGUCCGGCACGAAAGCGGAAAAGUCGGCCAAAUCAGGCUCGGAUACCGGCGGCACAACGACACCCGUAUCCGAUCCGCACCACUGGAGCAAGGACGAGAAAUACGAUACCGAGACCCUGCUCGACAUCAACUACAAGAAGCAUCUGACCAGACACGCAAACAAGGUUCUGCUGCGCGUCCGUAUGCUGUACUACAUUAAGCACGAGGUGCUCGGCGAUUUAGUCAAUCAAAUCAACGAGGGUGCCAAUGCCAGCGAUCUCCCAAUUCGGCCACCGCCUACGCCCGAUCAGCUGCCGUGCUCAUGGUGGAAUCCAAAUUGUUGCGAUCGAAGUUUGUUGGUGGGAACGUACAAGCAUGGCUGCGAAAACUACCGCGGGAUGCGGGCGGAUCCGAUGCUCUGCUUCCAGAGCCACUGCGGGCCCGGUGAUGGCACCGUCGAAGAGACAACGAUUGUCAAAGAAACCGACGACGAUGCCAAUUCCAAACUGGGCGACAACGAGGAAGAUCCGGAAGAUGGCGUUCCAUCGGAAACGACUCGGUCCGCUUCUGUCGGUAUUGAAUCGAAGGAUGAUGAUGAAGAAUCCACAGUUGGUACGGCUAGUGCAGCACCGACGCCGGCGCCAUCGGACAUGAAUCCAGAGCUGGCGUGGCCAACAAUGCAGGACCUGAACACUCGUCUGCGGCGUGUCAUCACUUCGUAUCAGCGCAACUACAAAAAGGAAGAGCUGAAGCAACAGCAGAAAGCCAAGCUACAGACGAUAGUACCACCAGCCGGCACUCCAACCCUCGCCGGACAGACUUCAUCCUCGCCAUCAACGCCCUCGACAACACCCGGCCCAAUGAUUGUUACGCCACCACAGCAACAACAAGGACAGCCAGCACAAUUGUCGGCUUUGCAGCAACAGCAACAACAGCAGCAGCAACAACAACAACCACAGCUACCUGGCGGCCCAUCAAUGGGCGUGGGAUUAAACCAUCCCUCAGCGACUGGCCCGUUGGGUGCUGCCGUUGGUGGAGCAGCUGUUUCUGGUGCCGUGGGCAUUGGUCUUGGCACUGCCGGUAGUCCGCAGGGUAAAGGAGUACAGCAGCAACAGUCACUGCCGUCGACGAGUGGAAACAGUGGCACGGGCGGUCUGCAGGCACCAACGGCAGGCAUGCCGACGGCUGCAGACUUCAGCUUGAUGCUCAGCCUUGGACUCGGCCUGAACCCGGCCGAUCCAAAUCAGCUGGCGAACAUUGAUCUUCAGAAACUAGCAAUGUAUUUGAAAAUGGAACGCCGCGAGAAGAACGAACUGGUGAUGCGCGAGCGCGAACGUAUUCGAUUGGAACAGAUACCGAAGAGAUGGACUCGCCGUGAGGAAAACGAGUUCAUCCGCGUCCUUACGGGUUAUGGUAUCGAUUUGCAACCGAAUGCAACCGUUCCCACACCUGACUGGAGUCGCUUCAAAGUGUUCGCCAAGUUGGACAAGAAAACGGACGAAAACUUGAGCGACUUCUACAAGGUGUUCAUUGCCAUGUGCAAGCGGCAGGCCGGUGUCAAGCUAAGCGAUGACGAGAAAGGCCUGGAAGGGCUGGUGGAUGAUGUGACGGAAGAUCAUGCCAAGUUGAUUCUGGAUCGAUUGGAGCUCCUAUCAAAGGCGCGCCAAAUAGUGAAGCACCCGAAGCUGGACGAGAACAUACGGCUGUGCGAGAACAAUCUGGAUACGCCCGACUGGUGGAUACCGGGACGGCACGAUCGAGAACUAUUGCGGGCUGUCCUGAAGUACGGCAUCUAUCGUUCGGAGCAGCUGAUACUCGCGGAUCCGGACUUCCCAUUCUACGAAUCGGCCAAGAAGUAUCUACAGCAGCUGGAGAUGCAAAUUCAGCUGCAAAACCAGCAACUGCUAAAGAUGCAGGCCGAUGCUGCGGCUAAAGCUGAUGCUGCCGCUGUCGCUGCCGCCAACGCAACGACGGUAAAGCCGGCUGCAUCGCCUGAAAAGAUGGCAGCUGCUGCUGUGGGUGGAGAUUUGCCCGUGAAGCAAGAAAAGGACGCUGUCACUCCCGUUGCUGCCUCGAUGGAGGUUGACGGAGAGAAGGCCGUUACCGAGGUAGUAUUGCCCAAGGUGGAGCCGGUUGCUCCUCUUUCGCCUGUAAAGAAGGAAGUUGAAGAGGUGGUGGAGCCGAUCGUUUCUACUACUUCUGACGAUAAACCGUCGGAAGAGAAGAAUGCGACGAUGGAAAGUCCCGAAAAGGUUUCUGAAAAAGUUGCCGUAGAAAGCCCGAAAAAGGCUGCUGAUGAAAGCCCUGAGGUCGCAAAAGAGGUCGCGCUGGAGCCAGCAAAGGAGUCAGCCGAGAAAGAUUCUGUUGAAAAAGAAUCGAUCCCAGAGAAGGAACCAGUCGAGAAGGAGUGCGCUGUCGAAGCGAACACUGAUCCGAAUGUAGCUGAAAAGGGAUCCGUCGACGAAAAGUCACCGAGUUCUCCGGUAAAGGACAACAAUGAUGUUGAAAUGGCUGAAGAGGCAAAGAAGGAGGAAGCUUUGCCAGAGGUUGCCGAAGUCGAUAAAGUGGCUGAAGACAAGAAAACAGAGGAAAGCACCGAUGACAAGGAAAUUGUCACUGAAAAGAGUGCGGAGCAACCGGAAACUGUGGAAAAAGAGCUUCCGACAGAAACCGAAAAGGAAUCGGCAGCUUCAGAGGAAAGCGUGAAAGAAAAACCGGAUACCGAAGAACUGGCUGAUGAAAACAAAAUGGACAUCGACAAUGCUGCUACUGUUGAGGAUAAGGAAAAAACCGAAGUACCAUCAGAGGAAACGGAUACCACAAAAUCCGAAGUGGAAGCAGUAGAAGCGGAAAAGGAGGUCGAGAAAAUGGCAGAUACUGAAAAGGAAGAUGCCAAGGAAAAAGAACCCGAGGUAGAAAAAAUGGAAACCAGCGAUGUGGUAUCCGAUGCUGCUGAACUGGAGAAGCAGGAAGAAGCUGUCCCUGUUGCCGUACCCGUGCCAGAAGAAACUGAGGCUAUGGAAGUUGAUGAACAAUCAACAGUUGCUGAAAAGGCGGCUGAGAAUACCGCAGAGCCGCCGAAACAGGAAACUCAAAUGGAAGAAGAUGCUCAACCUUCGGAGGCAACAGCCGCCCCAAUUGUUGGUCCGGCUUCGCCCUCGAACUCGAACAAGACUGACGACGAAAAGAAGUCCGAAGUUGCGGCUCCAGAGUCUCCGAAAGCGAAGGUCGAUGUGGACUCAUCAAAGGACACAGUAGAAAAUAAGGAUAAGGAAGAAUCUUCCGAAGAGGCCAAGAAGGAAGAUGUUCCCGAGGAGGCUGCUAAGGAAGUUGUGGACGCUGUUGAGAAGGAAAAAUCAGAUGAAGAACCAGUGGUUGAAAAGGAGCUGGUAGAAGCACCGACCGAAAAGACGGCCGAUAAGGAGGAAGCAAAGGCUGAAACGGUAGAAGCCCCUUCGUCACCCACAAAGGAUACGAGCGAUGUUGUGCCUGCAGUAAACGAGCAGGAAAAGCCGGCUGAACCAGAGCCUGCACAGGUUAAGGAAGCUGUAAAAGAAGUUGUAGCUGAGGCUGCUGAAAAGAGUGCCGAGAGUACCGAUGAGAAACCAGCUGAGAAACCAGCCGAGCAACCAGCUGAGAAGCCGGUUGAGAAGCCAGUUGAGAAGGCAGUGGAAGCUACGGCGGAAGUUGUUGCAGUGGAAAAGCCUGUCGAUGACGUGGUGGUGGUCGCGUCGACGGACGCAAAGGAAGUGGUGGAAGCAGCCAAACCUCCCGCCCGAUCUCCAUCGCCUGAUGUAAUUAUCGUCGAGGAUAAGAAACCGGUCGAGGUGAAGGCGAUUGUGAAUCUUACCGAUGAGGAACGCUGCUCGCAACAGACCGCUGCGCUGAAGGCUCGCUUCCCCGACUUGGAGGUGUUCCAACCGCUGAUGAAACUGAAGCAGUUGGACAACAGCCUUACGAAGGAGGAUUUGAAGAAUAUGAGCAAAUUCGCCAGCAUGAUCGAUACGUCGAUGAUCGUCAAAUGGUUCCGCGACUUCGCACUUGAGCGUCGCGUCGGCCACAUCAUCUACUGCGUCGAGCAUGGCGAAUGGCCGGUGGGCAAAUCGUACUCGGCCUACACGGGCUGUCUGGGCAUCGAUCUGGACAUUCCACUGUACGAGACGAUCAAGCGCAUCAUCCCGGUGAACGAUGACGUGCGUCGGUCGGCGUCCAGCACGCCGGAUGUGAUUACGAUCACCACCGAUCAUCAGAAUGCGAAGCAGAUCAGCAAUCAGGCUGCAGCGAUACAGCAGCAGGCCAGUGGCAUUGGUGGUAUCGGCUCUGUCGGAGCGAAUAUCAGCACCGGUAGUGGUAGUAGUGGUGGUGCUGGUGGUGUCCUUGGGGCAGCAGCGUCAUCGUCAGCCGCGCUGAAUCAUCAAUCGAUGACGGCAGCGGCGGCGGCGGCAGCACAUGCCGCCGCUGCGGCACACGCGGCAGCAGCAGCUGGCGUAGCAGUACCGCCUGCAAGUAAGAAACGCAAACGCCACAUUGCUAUCGAUGUUGAAACCGAGCGAGCGAAAUUGCAUGCGCUACUGAAUAACACCCAGAGUCCAGUUCCCACUGGAAGCUCAAAAGUGCAGCCCUCGCAUACAUCAACAUCGAACAGCGGUGGCGCUGGAAGUGGCCACCAGUGGAAUGAUGACGACGUGCAAGAGGUCGUCAGCAGCAGGAGCAACGCACGAAGUGGCUCGAGUAGCGCCAAUUCGAACGUUUUGCAGCCGCCGCCGGCGCACCAGCAUGGUCCACGGAAUCAGAUGUCCUAUCCGAAACCGACGCUCAUUCCCGGCACUUCCAGUACGCUAACGCCGAUCGACCUGUCGUCGAGCUACAGUUUACCGAAGGUGAACAUCGCUGACAUGAUCAAGAACAGCAGCAGCAUGGGCGGAAGCGGCGGUGCAAUGGAUCUCAGCGAGGUGCAAGACUUCUCGAUCGGAAAGAACAAAAAGGCCUCGUCCAGCAAUCAACAGCUCCCCAGCGGUAUCAGUAUUACGAGCGCUAGCGGGCCCGCCUCUAGCAUGAUGCUGGGCCACCAGCAUCAGCAGUCGCCCUCGGCGGCGGUAGCGGCAGCAGCGGCUGCCGGCAAGGGCAAGCUGAACGACAUGCUGUCGAAGCUGAUGAAGAAGAACAACGUCAGCGUGCCGAUCGAGGAGCCGCCGCUCGGCAAGGAAAAGAAGCGGCGCAAGCUGGACGAGAUCGUGCUCGGUCUGUCCGCAGCCAAGGAGCACAAGACGAUUUUCGGCGAUCCGACACCGCCGGGUGGAAGCUUCUCCGGUAGCUCGAUGAAGAAGCCGCAGAUACCUCCAUCGGUAUCGGUGACACCGGCUAGUGCGCCAACCUCCGUCAGCCAGCAGCCGCCCCAGAAACCGUUCACCAUCACUGUGACGAGCGUGCCCGGCAAUCCGAAAGGCGGUCAGGGAUCGUCCGGUGUCGGUGGUGGUUCCUCGUCGGCCAGCGGUAACAGUGCGGCAGCGGCCGCAGCAAGCAUGCAAGCGGCCCUGCAAGGCAUGUCCGGCAUGAGUGGCGCUAUGUCGACCAAGGACAGCCUGAAUGCACUGUUUGCCCAGGCGGCACAGGUCGAGCAGCAGUCGUUCCUGAAGCAGCAGCAGAAGCUCAUUCAAUCGCUACCGGCAAACUCGCCGCAGCGCAAGGCGUACGAGGCCAUGUUCGCUGAGAUGAAGCAGGCCGCCGAGCUGAGCUCGAAGCUGGGCCAGUACGGCAGUGCGCACGACGCGAAGGUGAAAAAUUGGCUCGCCGAACAGACGGCCGUCCUAACGGAGCAGGCGAUGGGCAUGGACUACCUUUCGCGGUCGCGCGGUUCAAGGGGUAGCUCCUCGGCACAGAACUCGCCACAGGGCGGCUCGAGCUCGCGGUCGACGCGUGGCUCCGCCAACAGUCACCAACAGCAGCAGCAGCAACAGCAGCAGCAGCAGCAGCAGCAACAUCAUCACCAGCAGCAACAACAGCAGCAGCAACAGCAGCAGCAACAACAAGCUGAAAGCAAUCCGAUGGCAUUCAACUGGAAGAACCUGACCGGAGACGAGUACGUGGCCGUCAUAAACAAGAUCAACGGCAAGCGGCUCACCGGCAACAAGGCACCGCAGCUGAAGCGGCUCACGCAAUGGCUGGCCGACAAUCCGGCGUACGAGAUCGAUCCCAAGUGGGCCGAAUCGAUAACGCUACCCGGUGGACCGGCGUCAAUGUCAUCAUCGAAGGGCUCGGACGGAGGCGGCUCGACGGCGAAGCAGAUGCGAGCAGCGAAUGCGGCCGCAGCAGCUGCCGCAAACCAGUACGGUUCGGCAGGCGGUGGCGGAGGCGGCAGUGGUCAACAAUCAUCAUCCGGGGCGGCGUCGUCUUCCUCGUCGAAGAAACACUCCCAGAGCAGCAGCAAUGCAGCGGCCGCAGCAGCCGCAGCCGCCGCUGCCAACAUGCAGUUCCCGGGUCUGGCCGGACUGAACGCUAACCUGCUCUCCAGCAUACCGGGGCUGGGUAGCUUCGACCCGAAAAACAAUCCGCUGCUGAUGCCGUUCGGUGGCAUGCCGGGGCUGGCCGGGCUCGGCGGGCUGGGUAACUUGAACAACAUGAAUCUCUUCUCGAAUCUGGCCGGGCUCGGUGGACUGGCCGGUGCGGGUGGUGGAAUGGACGCGCAGAGCCUUGCCGCCAUGAUGGCUGCCGCCGGGCUCGAUCCGACGGCGGCACUCGGUGCUGCAGCGGCCGCUGCUGCCGGUGGCACCCCCACCAAGGGCGGUAGCUCUGGCAGCAAAUCGCGCGGCAAAUCGUCCGCCGCACAAUCUUCGGCUGUGAAUGACGGGGCCGGAACGUCCGGGUCGGGCGGUUCCGGACAGCAGGGUGGUGGCUCGUCGUCCAAGAACCAGCAGCAGCAGGCAGCCGCCGCGGCGGCCGCCGCAGCUGCCGCCAGCAGUCAGUUCCCCUUCUUCUUCCCUAACCCGAGCUUACUGUACACACCGCUCGGGCUGGGUGGUCUGAAUCCGUACGGGCUGCCGGGUGUGAGCGGCACCACCACCGGUACGUCCACCUCGACGACCACCUCCAGACAGUCGCAAUCGAGCAAGCAGAACUCGCGCGGCGGAGGUAUGGGAUCCGGAGGCAGCUCCUCCCAGUCGGCGUCGUCGCCCGGUGGCAGUGGAAAGGGUCGCGGCUCGUCCAGCUUAAGUCAGCAGCAGCAGCAGCAACAGCAGCAGCAAGCAGCCGCUGUAGCAGCAGCACACCAGCAAGCCGCCCGAGAAGCGGCCCAGCUGCAGCAGCUGCUGCUACCGCACGAUACUCAUCUGCUCGAAUCGCUCACGCGCUCCGCCGGCCUGGACAUUUCGGCUGCAGCAGCAGCUGCUGCGGCGGCCGCCGCCGGACAGGGAAGCGGCUCCGGAAGCGGGGGCGGUCGUGGUGGAAGCUCAUCAAGCGCCUCGGAGAAGCAGCGUGCGCGGGAAAGUGCUGCAGCGCAGCAAGCGAACAAGCAGGCGCUGGAGAAGUUGGAGCGCGAGCGGCGCAAGAUUUUGGAAACGCUUACCGCGGGCGGAUUCCCGGCGGACUUGGCCGCCAUGCAGGCGGCCUUCAGUGCGACGGGCAAGAUGCCGUCCUCUUCGCAUUCGUCUUCCUCGUCCUCCAAGGGUGGCAGCAGCAGCAGCAGUGCGGCAGCAUCGGCCUCUGCGCAAGCAGCAGCCGCAGCUGCGGCAAUGGCGGCGAUGACAUCGAAGGACAUGCAGCUCUCGAUACCGCCCGAGUUCAGCCAGGCGCUGUUUGCGGGCAUGGCUGCGCACGCGCUGUCCGCUUCGGCCGGUGGCAGCGGUGGGGCAGGAUCGAGUGGAGCAGGCGGACGCUCGUCGUCUCCAUCGGCGGCCAAGAAGGCACGCGAACACCAGGACCUAAAGGAUGCGUUCGAGCAGCUGAGCAAGAACCCGAUCGAGCUGCUCGCCCGCAGUCUCGGCGUUGGGCCGGCGAUAUCGCUCAUCCCGACCUCCUCGACAUCGUCCUCCUCGACACAGUCCGUUUCGGAAUCGAAACGAGCGCGACAGGAGGCGGCCCAGCUGCAGCACCAUCUGGCAAAGCUCGACGCAAAGGCACUGCUAAUGGGAGCGGGCGGCGGCAGCGGUCAGGACGAGAUGAAAUCAUCGUCUCGUUCGAGUCGCAACAGUGCGUCGGCGUCUGCUUCGUCGUCGGAAGCGUCGGCAGCCGCCCUGCUAGGGUUGGACAAGGUCACGCUUACACCGGUAGCUGCGGCUAGUAUCGCCGCAUCGCUUCCCUCCCAAACGACCAUCUCGCUGGCGCCUUCGCCGCUGCCCGGAUCGUCCUCGUCGCUGAACCUAAGCUCCAAGAGCCCGGCCCUGUCGACGUCGUCCUCCUCGAGCAGCGGUGGAAUGCUGGAUCAGCGGGAACGCGAACGCGACCAUCAUCAUCGCGAGCGGGAACGGGAACGGGAGCGCAGCGAGCGUCACGAGCGCCACGAGCGGGACCGGCUCGAGCGACUCGAACGGCGGGAAAGAGACGAACGGGCAGUGGCAGCGGCUGCCGCCGUAAUGGCCGCCGAACGCUUGGAACGAACGGCCGAAAGGAGCUUACGUUCGUCGGUCGAUAGUAGCAUCGCGGCGGAUCUUAGUCGUGCGGCCGCCGCAGGACUAUCCGUGUCGUUAGCGACUCCACCGGGUGCGACCGGUGGUGGUAGUGGAGCGUCUUCUUCAUCCGCGAGCAGUAACAGCUUACUCGGUGCCACACUAGCCCUGUCCUCGCUGACGGGAGCAGGAGCGCCACAGAAUCUAUCCGCUUCCGGUGGUGGUGCACCAUCAUCGAGCAGCACCGGCGGCAGUUCCUCGAGCGCUGCUGCAUCCGCCGUUCCACCCUCGCCGGUAGAAGGUGGAAGUGGUGCGACUGGUGGAAACGGCAGUGGAAGCGGCGGUGCCAGUGGUGGCCAUGACAUGGAUCUGGAAGAUUUGAUCGCUCCAUCGAAGCUGUCCAAGUCGAGCGGUGGCGUGCUGAACGAUGAAGAGGUCGAUCCGCAGAAGCAAAUCAUGCUGCUGAAGCAAAAGCAAAAGUUGCUACAACAAGAGCAUCUGAAGAAAGUGCACGAAGCGCAGGAAGCGCAACGGUUGAUUGAGCAGCAGCGCAUUUUGGCGUCAGCAGCCGCUGCGGCUGCAGCUGCCGAGCAGAAGCAGAAGCAACAGCACCAGUCGGUGGAGCAUAACAGCAGCGUAGUGAGUGUGGCGGGAGAUGACGCAUCAGAGCAGCAUCAUCGAUCCGGCUCGGCCGCCUCCCACGGCAAGGAGGAAGACCAGCUGAUGGCGAUGGAACGUCACGCUGCGAAGCGGCGCCGUGAGCAAAGCCACGAGCGGGCGGAUGGAAUCGAGAAGGAAAGGGUAGUGACACCGAUCCCUACUCCGCUAGACCAGCGGCACGAGAUGGAGCUGAGCCCGGAAGAGCUGCCAAAACGGACACGCGAGGAAAGGCCAUCCUCGGGCGCGGACAUUCACACGGCAGAACAGCUGGCCCGCUCCGAUGCGGCGGCUGGUGGAUCGUACGAAGAUCAUGAAAUGAUGCACGGCGGCGGUGGUGAGAAGACAGCAGGAACGUCUGAAUCCGAUCACGAGCUAACUGGCGCUGGUGCCGGUGGGUCAUCAUCCUCCCAUCACCACCAAGAGGACGAUCGUCGCCGAACGUCCCGGCGGCAUCAUUCAACGCACCACAACCCUUCGCUGGAUGGUGGUGCAACGUCCGGCGCCGAGGACGAGGCGAAUCGGUCCGAGUCGGAACGAUCGCUUCCCGAAACGGCCCGCAAAUCUACCCGCCUCAGCACGGACGCGGCCAACUCGAGCGGCUGUGAGUCGAGCACGGCGACGGCCGCCUCGGCCCUGGCUUCGGCGACACCGUCCGGUAGUGGUGGGGGCAGCGGUGGACGUAGAACGACGCGCAGCAAACGGCCCCGAAGCGGUGAGGAUCUGGAAUCGCUCGGCGUCCCGGAGCGGAAGCGUGAGCUGCGGUCCAGUGCGGGACGGCAGGCGGCCGCAGCCGCUGCACGGAUGGCGGCGGAAGCGAAGGCGGCCGCGGCCGCAGCAGCAGCGGCAGCCGCUGGCGGUACAUUCUCCGACAGCAGUACCGGUUCGCUCAACCUGUCCGGCAGUGGGGGCAAAGACCAGCACGACUCGGAUAAGGACGAUCAACCGAUUUGACUAAAAAUGAAUAAAUGACGCUUAUAAAUGUAGUGUAGUAAGAGAGAGAGAGAGAGAGAGGGUUGGUAGAGAAGGAACGAGGCACGCGGCGAUGGAAGCAGAGGGAGAGAGAGAUAAAGGGAUGUAGUAAGAAAUAGAUCGAUCGACUAAGAUGAUCCUCUUGUUCAUAUAGAAGAGAGGGGGAGAGAGAGAUAGGAAGGAGAUGAUGGAGAGAGCAUAUGCGAGAUAGACAGAUCAGUUACUAGAUGUAGAAACUAGUUGAUUAAGUGUACAACAGGAAAACGGAAGGAAGGGAAGCAACAACAACUACACGUACGUACUGAUAUUACCGACAGAGACACACGUGACACAGCACGUGUAAGAUGUAAGAAGAAACUCACUGUGCUCACAGUAACCAUUGCGCGUGCGUUUUUGGGUGCGUUUUUUGAGUUAAACUUUGGAACGCACCCUCCCCUCUACAAACACACAACAGAUCACCAUCCACACCGCCAUCUUCCGGGUGGAUGUUCGUUGGCGAGCAAUAGGGACCGAAUAUUGUAGCGUGUGUGUUUGAGUGUCAACCGCACGGGAUGAGCAGGAGGGGAUACACAUCAACACUCCAAUGUGUGUGGUUCCACAAUCCUUUCAUAUUGUGGGCGAAAGGAACUGCGGAACAGCACAGAGAGGUGUAGAUGGGUGCCAGGACAUGGCUUUCUAUGCUCCUGCCAAUGACGGUUUUGGGUUUUAGUAAGGCUUUGUGGAAUGUCUUAUCUUGUGGGAAAUCCGAUUCCGGUCAUUUGCAAUGGACCAUAUAAAGAGAUAGAGAAUGGGAAUGUAGAAGGAGGACUGUUGAUAUUGAAACACACACAUUCAAUAUUUUUUGUACUAUUAUCGUCACGCGCAACCCGAUGAGAGGGGAAUGGCAAACAUCCUUUUGGACGACGCAUGUAAAGUGCGGAAAAAGAGAUUUUUUAAACAAAUCGUAAUAACGAAUUAACGAAAACGCAGCGACACAUUUCACCCGCAGCCAAUUGUGCGACACAAAUGUAAUGGGUGUGUAUGUACAUGUGUGUGUGUGUGUGUAAAUGUGUGUGAUGGAUGUUGGUGGUAAUAUUGUGUGUGUGUGUCCACUAAUCAAAACGGAAGGUGUAAAAUAGAAAUACAUAAAAUAGAGACAAACUAAAAGAAAAUCAGCCCUUCCGGCCCCGCUAUAGAGAAAAGCUAGGAACAGAAUGUGUGUGUGGGGGGUGGAUGUGGUUCCCGGACCACAAUGUAGUAGGUGUGUAGUGGUGAGGUACGAGGACGAAGGCGGUGGGCUAUAUAAUACGUAGUCAGUAAGCUAUAUAAAAGUUUAGAGUAAAACCCAUAGCAAAACACACAUCCUAGUACACAGUGACAAAGAGGUGUGUACACGUGACUGUGUGUGCGUGUAGGUCGUACGAUGUGCAGUGGCGAAAGAGAGAGAGAGAGCGAGAGAAAUUCGAAAGAGGAAGAAGAAAAGCCACUGACAAGAGUUCAACCCCCCAAUGCCUGUGCUUGGUUCUCGGGGGGGGGGUUUGAAACAAUUGUUCCCCGUCUUUUUAUCUAUUGGAACAAGGCAAAACAACAACAACAAAAACACACAUACAAACAAUUUAAAUAAUAACUAUAAUUAUUUAUUUUUGAAAUUACUCUGUUUAUUUUUUUUAUUAGACUCAUUCUUCAAUUAGUUUACUCUCUACCCGUGUAGCGUGUAGCUUGUGUGAACGUUGAAGAGGGUAACCAAAGUUGGGCAGAUUGGGAUAUGACACGGAUAAACACUGUGGGGGAAGGCACACCAAAUAUCACACGGUCUGCGGCUGCUGCUCAGUGCCCCUUUCUACCAUCAUCAUCAUCAUCACUACUCAUUGCUGUUGUUGCUGUGGGGUUACGCUUGUUGCUGGCGUACGAAGCCUACAUAGUAGGCUAAGAGUGUACAGCACUUGAAUAGAUCGUGUGGUGCUUCUUUUGGAUGCCGGUAGUGUAGUGUUUGCUCUGCUUGUGGUUGCCUUCUGUUCACUGUACAUAAAUACAUACCUGAGAGAGAAAGAGAAAGAGGAGAGGGGAAGGACACAACACUCUCGUUUUUUCCUCUUGAUACUUGUGUCCCGGGUUUGACGUAAAAAUGCUUACAUGAAAAUGUAAGAUGUGGAAAGGAGAAACGAAGGCAGGAGAAAGAAGAAGGGGAUCGUGUACUGUAAAGGAAAAAAAAUCUAUAAACUAAUAGGUCUAACAAAUAUGAAACACAACAACACACACCUUACGACGUUUUUAUUAAAGACUUAAGGGAGAGAAAGAGAGAGCGGAAAGGAAAAAGAGAGAGAGAGUGUGUUGCAAAUGAGGAAUAAAUUCCGCAGAAAGGCGAAGAAAGAAUAGCAGGAAAGAGAAUAAAAUGAAACAAGUGAAACGUUGUGCAUGUGCAAACAAGGCCUGUAAAAAGCGAACAGAGAGAGAAAGAGAGAUGCAAAGAGUAAAACACAGUAAAAAGUAUAGUAAAGAUACAAAAAAAAGAAGAAAACAACUAGUAAAAAAAAACACAUACAAAACAAAUUACAGAACUAAUAACAAAACUUACUCUUUAUUCAAAUGCAAACAAGCAAACAAACAAACACACAACAAAACAAAAUCAAGAAACGAACAGGAAUGUGUAAUGUAAUUGAAAGGGCGCGGAGAGGUCAGUUGUCAUCACAAAAGUAUAGAGGAAAACGAUACAAAUGGAAUGGAAAACGAGAAAAAGCGAGAGAGAGGAAGAGAGAAGUAGCAUACAAAACAUACGGAAGGAAAGAAGGGGUAUGUUUUGUGUGGUGAAGCGAAAAUGGUAUAAAAUAAUGGUAUGGCGAUUGUUUGGUUUGGAUGAAGGCAAGUGAUAAUAAAAAUCAGAUCGAAAAUGUGA